AUGCCCGCAAAAAAAAUGGCCUACUCGGAAGAGGCUCGCAAGACUCUUCGAAUAGGCAUUGAUACCCUGGCCGAAUCCGUCAAGGUUACCCUGGGCCCCAAGGGUCGCAACGUGGUACUGGACAAGAAGUUUGGUCCGCCCCUGGUCUGCAGCGACGGCGUAACCAUCGCCAAGGAAAUUGAGCUUCCCGACGCCUUUGAGAACAUGGGUGCCCAGCUAAUUAAGGAAGCAGCCACCAAGACCAACGAUGCUGCCGGCGACGGCACCACCACUUCCAUCGUGCUGGCCCAGUGCCUGAUCAAUGAAGGUUUCAAGAACGUAACCGCCGGUGCCAACCCCAUGGCUAUCAAGCGGGGUAUUGAACGGGCCGUUGCUGCCGUCGUGGAAGAACUCCGCGGCAUGGCCCAGCCCGUCGAGACCCGCGACCGCAUCGGACAGGUUGCCAGCUUGUCAGCCCACGAAGAGGCCAUCGGCGAGACCAUUGCCGAAGCCAUGGAAAAAGUCGGUAAGGACGGCGUAAUCACCGUUGAAGAGUCCAAGGGUCUUUCCGACGAGAUUGAGUACGUCGAAGGUAUGCAGGUCGACCGCGGCUACAUUUCCCCUUACUUCAUCACCAAUGCCGACCGCAUGGAAGCCGUGAUUGAAGACGCCGCCAUCAUCAUCACUGACAAGAAGGUCUCCGCCGUUGCCGACCUUCUGCCCGCUCUGGAGAAGCUUCUCCAGGUCGGCCGGAAAAACGUCGUUGUCAUCAGCGAAGACGUAGACGGCGAAGCUCUGGCCACCCUGGUGGUAAACAAGCUGCGCGGAACCCUGAACAUCCUGGCAGUGAAGGCUCCCGGGUUCGGCGACCGCCGGAAGGCCAUGAUGGAAGACAUUGCCAUUUUGACCGGUGGCACGGUCGUCAGCGAAGAGACCGGCCGCAAGCUGGAUUCCGCCGUUGUCGAAGACUUCGGUCAGGCCCCGCCGGGUUAG